AUGUCAAACCUUGCAAAACUCGAAUUUGUUGCUCUUGAUAUUACUGGAAACAAUUAUCUGUCUUGGGUGUUAGAUAUUGAAAUACAUUUAGAUGCAAAAGGACUUGGUAACAUUAUCAAAGAAAACAACACUGCACCAAGCCAAGAUAAGGCUAAAGCUAUGAUAUUCCUUCGCCAUCACCUUUAUGAAGGCCUUAAGACUGAGUACUUGACUGUUAAAGAUCCACAAGUCCUUUGGAGUAAUUUAAAGGAAAGAUAUGACCACAAAAAAACUGUGAUAUUAUCAAAAGCUCGUUAUGGUUGGUUACAUUUAAGAUUACAAGACUUUAAGUCUGUAAAUGAAUACAACUUAGCCAUGUUUAGAAUUACAUCACAAUUGAAAUUAUGUGGAGUGAAAAUCACGGAUGCAGAAAUGUUAGAAAAUACAUACUCUACUUUUCUAGCAAACAAUGUUGUCCUACAAACACAAUACCGUGAAAAGGAUUUUACAAAAUAUUCUGAAUUUAUAUCUUGUCUCCUUGUAGCUGAGCAAAAUAAUGAACUAUUACUGAAAAAUCGUGAAUCACGCCCAACUGACUCUACUCCAUUCCCUGAAGUGAAUGCGACAUCCCAUAGUGGGAAAGAGCAAAAGGCUAGAGAUCGCGCCAACAGUCGUGGUUGA